UCUUAUCCAGGCAUGUAACGCAACUUGGCUCUGGUACUAUUUUGCGAACUCUCCAUCUCUAAUCCACGUUACCCAGUAAUCAGGUUUGUAGCUCGGCCUAAGGUUAAUUAAUGUCCGUACAUAAGUGCCUGAUAUACAUCGAGAUUGUAAUGGUACCGUUGACAUGCAAUCUACUGCAGUUGACCGGCAGUUGAACGAAAGAUUAAUAAUGUCUCCUGUAAUAUUAUUUGUCUACCAGCGGACUCGUCUUCUUUUUUCAGUGUCCAAAGGUGACCUGAGGAGAUGUAAAAAGCAUGUUUUCUUUUAAAUAUUCGCUAAGAAUCGAUCUUAAUGUGUGACAAAUAUCAGUAGAAGCCUUGUACAAAAUUCAUGAAAACUGUCUGUUUGAGUCGUUUGUAAAACCUGGCUGGCUAACACCGGACGGUUCUAAGGCCGUUUCUAUUUUUGUUAUUACCCAAUUCCCCGAUGUUUUUUGCUGGCGAACUGACUGAAAACUAAGCCCCACUUGGGAUUCGUUAUAAAGUUAAGGAUUUCUCAAAAAUACACAGCUCACACUUUUUAUUCAAACCUUUGCCUGAAUUAGCAUUUAGCGUUGCGAAACCAAGAGAUUUCUAUGUCACGCUAUGACCUGCUGAUGAAUAGUGGCAUACACAGUAUAAACCAGUGACAUAUUUCGGACCGAACACUUUGAACAUGAAAUGUAGACUACGAUUUUUCCAACUUUUCAGCCUGAACACUGUGAAGAUGGCUUGCUAGCGAGCUUUCGUCAUUUUCGAGUGCUGAACGAGGCACGAAAGAGAAGACGGAAGGAGAACGAGCCGCGAGGGAUUGGGGCAGCGAUGCUAGCUGUUGUUUUAAAGGACGGAUUGUCUACAGGGUAGUCUGGGUCAGCUGGUUAGCGUUACUCAGGAUUAAGAUAAAAGUUAAAUUUUGUCUUUGAUUUACGGUUUGUGGGGUUUCAUCUGUUAGUUUUCAGUCGAAAGGAAAGAGGAGAAAAACCUUUCCCAGUGAUAUAACUGAAACCCAUUCAAAAUUUACUCUAACCCCGUGUGAGUUUAUGGACUUCAAAUUAAGUCUACUUAUUUUAAUCUAAACAUAAUUUUGUUGCGAUUAAAGCCAUCGUGUGGUUGCUUUACAGAUUCGUUAGCUAGGAUGAAAACACUGCGCAAACUCAAGAACCUAUUAACACCAGUUUUAUUUCGCGGGAAACACGAUUACUUCCCGAGAACCCUCGAGCUUCACAAUGGCGGAAAGACCCAACCACUAUUUUCUUCUGAAGAAAUGAACCGGCGUCUGAACAGUAUCCGUUCUUACAUGGAGAAAAAUGGCCUUGACGCAUGCGUGUUCACUUCUUACUACAACAUUUAUUACUUCAGCGAGUUUCUAUACUGUUCCAUGGGACGGCAAUACGCCUUGGUCAUUACUGACGAAAAAGCAUUGACAAUUACGCCAUCUGUAGAUUAUGGGUUUCCAUGGAGACGAGGAACUUGCGAUAACAUUAGCUACACCAACUGGCAAAAGGAAAAUUUUUACUACGCCAUGCAACAACAGUUACAGUCUGCAAAGACGGUGGGUGUAGAGUUUCCAGAUAUGGGAGCCUCGCUGCAAAGUUUCUCAGAGGCCUUACCGCAUGCCAAAUUUGUCGACGUAGCAGAUGCAGCCAUGGAAAUUCGACGAGUGAAGUCUCCAGAGGAGGUCGAAAUAGUCCGUCAAGGCUCUCGAAUAGCAGAGCUUGGGGCGUAUGCAGGAAUCAAGACCUUACACGAGGGUGUCCCAGAGUAUGAAGUGGUGAUCGCUUCAAAUAGUGCGAUGAUGCGGGAGGUCGCUGUAACAUUUCCACAAAUCGAUAUCCGAGAUACGUGGUCUUGGCUGCAGUCAGGAAUAAACACAGACGGUGCACACAACUUUCCUACAAGUCGACGAGUUCAAAAAGGCGAUAUUCUGAGUUUGAACUGCUUUCCAAUGAUAGCAGGAAACUAUGCUGCUCUAGAGCGGACGUUAUUCUUUGAUCACGUGCCAUCAGAUCGACAUAUGGAACUCUGGGAGAUCAAUAACAAGGUUCACCGUAGAGGCCUGGAACUAGUCAAACCAGGCAUGCGCUGCGGUGACGUUGCACGGGAACUGAAUGAAAUUUAUAUGGAACACGACAUUCUGCAAUACCGAGUCAUUGGCUACGGACACUCCACGGGAGUUCUUUCUCACUACUAUGGAAGAGACUGGGGCUUAGAGUUCCUCGAGCACGUGGACACAGUUCUGGAGCCUGGGAUGAUCAUUACCAUGGAACCAAUGAUUGUAGUUCCCGAAGGAAAACCUGGAGCUGGCGGGUACAGAGAGCACGAUACUUUGAUUAUUACGGAGACUGGGACCGAGAACACAACAGCAUCGUUUCCUAUUGGUCCUGAACAAAUGAUUGUCAAAAACUAAGCAUCCUAUCCCCAAAGACAGAGUUUAUAACUUUCUGUAAGUCUCCUCUAUGACUGAUCCAAGAAUUUUGACGGGAAAAGCUAUUUUUGUAGGAAUAGCUGAUAAGGUCCUAGGGUUACAGAAAAACUGAGAAAAAAAAGAUGAUUUAUUGCUGAAUAAUCAAUCUUCCUGUCGAUAAAUUUCCGACGAAGAAGCCCCUUCAAGAAAAUCCUUUCGACGCCCAUCCAGAGGCGGUGCACAUUUGCCAUAAUAAGCUUAAUUGACUGAUUGAUCAAAAUGCCGUUGCUCUUUGUAUGAAAAAGCAUCCACAUUCAGCCGUUUUUAAUGUUAGUUAAGGGGAUGUGCAUGUCUGUUCCACAAGUUAGUUUAUUUCACCAUGGUAUUCAAAUGCCUACAUGGGUUAGCUCCGGACUAUUCAACUUCGAAAUUCUCUUAACGCAAUAAAGUUACAACCUAAGGGACUCCGAGAAAAAACUUAUGUUCUAUUACCAAGCACAAAGUAUUUCAAAAAUAGUUUUCGUUACAGAGGUGCCACAUUGCGGAAGUUAAGCCAUACCAGGGGGGUUGUGACAAAGAAUUUCAACAUUAGGCUUCAGAACGUUUUAUUCCCAUUUUUAACAAACGUUGAAUCAAUUUGUGUUAUUGGUGAGCGAGAGAUUAAAGUUUACAAUGUCUUGUCGUAAGACAUCUCCAUUCCAUGA